AUGGAGAUAUCGCCACCGGAUCAAACGUCCGUUAGCCAUGGCAGCCCAGAAAAUGCGACAGUUGCACGCGGACUCAGAAUCCACGAACGACAUGAGCGCCAUUUAAUGACAAAGCUACUUCACAUUGCUUUGAGGCCUUUCAAGCCGUCGCUGACAAGACCUAAAAAAGUGGCCCCCGAGGUUGCGCGAUUAAAGGCACCAAAGAAAACGCAAAAGUUGUGCACCGUCACCGAAGUGGAAAUCGACGGGGUCUGGAUUUACGACCUAGCAUUAAAGAAGCCACUCGAGACGCAAUGUCUUUCGAAUGGGCAGCGUCGCCGAAGGAUCGUCUAUUUCGCCGGUGGUAGUUGGCAAAUGCUGCCAGCAACUCAGCACUGGGCUUUCUGUACCGAACUAGUCCGCCGUUUAGACGGCACAAGAGUCACCAUUGUGUCUUGUCCCCUGGCACCGAAAAAUCCCGUCUCAGUAGCAUUCCCACGUAUUGAAAAUACAUACAAGAAGAUUUUGGCGGAAUCAACGGAAGAAGGAGAGAACGUCAUCGUCGCUGGAGAUAGUUCCGGGGGGAACAUUGCGCUUUGUGUGGUUCUUUGGUCAUUGAAACAUCAGGAGCAUGAGACAACGAAACCACCUGUGGCUCUUCUCGUUAUCAGUCCCACUACAGAUCUCCGCCAUGAACUUGAAACGAUCAAGCAGGUGGAUAAGUUCGAUCCUCUUCAUACAAGUGAAUGUAUCAACGAUACUGCAAAAACCUGGUGUCCCGGCUCUGUUGACAUGCCAACUAGCGAUGGAGCCGAGUCGAAAGCACAAGGAGUUGAGUGGAGCUUUGAAGAUCCCCGCGUUUCUCCUAUCCAAGCAGACCUCAGUUACCUCGUGCAACACGGUGUGAGCGUCCACGGGCUGACGGGUUCAUAUGAUGUAUUGGAGCCGGAAGCCGUUGUAUUCAGGGACAAGUGCAAAGAGAACGGUGUUACUGGAGAGUGGCUGUCAUGGAAUGGUCAAAUGCAUUGCUUUCCUCUAGCGUUCAAGUAUGGGUUGAAAGAGAGUAAGGAGGCUAUGGAUUGGAUCGUUCAUGUGCUAGAACAACAUUGA